AUGGAAGCUGCAGAGAUGGACUCAUUAUCAUGUACACUUCCCGGAAUCUGUGGGCUAAAUUCCCUUCAGUGGGAAAUGCUUGAUCAUGGCGACAUACCUUUGCCGAUUGAAUCAUGGCAGACGUUCCGACAAGACGAAUUACAGAACCCCGGAAUGCCUCUUACGGGUGUGGAUGCAUACGUGUCACCUGUUUCGCUCCCCCAGUCUUGUAAAUGUGAUGAAGAGGUGUCCGCGAUUGUUCGGACCCUAAGCCGCGCUGACAUGUCGCACGAUGUCAUUCAAACACUUCGCGCCGGAGUGUAUCUUGCACAAAGACUACUAACCUGUUCCACCUGCUACGACACGUCAAAGCCUCCCAGAGUGACGGUCCAGAAUGUGCUACUCAUCGGUCAUCUUAUGUUCGAAGUAACCGCCGGUUACCAGAAGUACGUUCGCUGGCUGGACAAACACUGUGCUGAGCUGGAUGUUAAGAAUGAGAGCGAAACCAUCUAUCUUGACUCUGGGUUAGGUAUCCCCUCCAGUCUGAACCUGCAAAUCAGUGGUGAAAAAUUCCACGAUGUCGUUCUUCACGGCCUCCAAACCGAUACUGAACACCUUCAGGUUCUGGGGAAAAGCUUUGAGCAGCGGCAACGUGAUCGUCAUAUGGCCGGUCAUGAAACUUGCCCCAACCCUGAAGGGCAAUGUCGCAGGAAAGAUUGUGGUGAUGGUCAUGACCCGCUUGAUGUCUGUCCUCACGAUCCUAUCGGGCGGAAGUUAGUGCCCUGUUUCCGCAUCGUUGAUGAGGUGCAAGGGAUGAUCAAGCAAGUUGCAGAUGCCGUUCGGUGA